CGCCGCGAGGGACAGCAGACGAGCGAGAGAAUCACAGAAAGGUAAAACAUCUUUUUCAAAAUGGUUAAGAAACUGAAACCCGACGCGCCUGACCCGCCCGGUCAGUUCCACCAACAGCAGCAGGAACAGAUUCAACCUCAGCAGCAACAACAACAACAGCAAGAGAACUUUCCAGAUGAUUGGGUAAGAAGAGAGAUAUUCAGCUUCCUCAACAGCGGCCCUCAAUACACGGCCCAGGAUUCCAGGCCUUCGUCGACCCUGCAGAAUACUCCUCAGCAAACUUCUCAAGCAAUCCAAAGUCAACCGCUGAGCCACCAGGCCAGCCAGCUCCCCACGCAGAUCGCACAGACGCCCUCGAACUUCCCCGUUCCCACCCCUCCCCAAAAUUCUUCCACGCCGUCUGCGGGAGCGAACGUCCAAUACGCACAGUUGCAGUAUGUGAGCGCAGAAGUCCCACAGCAACAGCAGUACAACGGACAGAAUCAGCCUUCAUUCCGUCUACAGUACACGUUGCAGCCGCAGAAUAACGGAGGAGGCGUAAACAGCCUUGCACAGCCUGUUUCGGGCAACAGCCCUUCGCUCGUACAGCCCGUCUCGCGGCCUGGUGGUUCCCAGGCCCUCUACACCCCUCUCAACUUCGGCGGGAAGAGGCCGAGCGACUACAGCGAGCAGUACGCGGCUCCAUUUAAGUGUACCGCCACCUCACCCCUUUUCCCUCAAGACACCCAAGUCCCGGAGGCUCCCCGGGGCCCCCCCGUAGCCCAGUUCCCUCAGAGGAAUAGAUUUGAGGGGAAAUAUGGCUUCAGGGUUACGUUCCCUGGGAAUUCGCCCAGGUUCAUUGUGAGUAACAUUGGAGAUCGACGCCAUAUCAAUACGGAGAAGAAUAACUACAUCACGGUGAUCAUACGCCACUCAGCUGACCACAGGGCUUCGUUGCGUUUCUUCAUCGUCUUCUCCCGCGACUCCGACACAGCCCAGCCCGUCCUGCCUUGCAAGAAUCACCAGAAUGCAAACCAUCCAAACCACAUGCUGGAAGUGUCUGCGGGCAACGGCGAGGCCAGGUGGGACUACAACUACCACCCUUCUGUCGUGGUGACUCCUGCGCCCGCUUCGCCCGAAGAGUACAACGUGCAGCUGAGGUUCCUUUGUCGCAACUCCUGCCUGACCCGCAAGGACCUCAUGCUGAUUUGCCAGCUGGAAAGAGACGGCGUGGUUGAAGGGCGAGAGUGCCUGGAUGUCAAGGUGAGCGCAUGUCCUCGCCGAGACGUCCCCAAGCCCUUGGGGAACCCUUCGCCCCCGAAGAUGCCCCGCGAAGACCCCAGCCAGGGGAGUCUCCAGGAAAUCUGCGGCGGUUUGGAUGAGAGCAUGGUUACUGUUCCCACUCUUGCUUUGACUGCGCCUACUAACUCCAUGGAGCAGACGUUCAGACAAGCUCAGGAGUUCGGGAUUCUCUCAGCUCGCUUGUCCUUCAUUGAACAGCGGUUCAAGGAGCUCCACCCCGAGGAGUACGAAGAAGCAAAGGAGCAGUUCAACACUUUUUGGGACUCCAGAAUGCAGAAAUCUUAAUGUUGGUUGGUCGGUGUGCUCUGGCCGUUGGACCCGGAUCGACUUGCGGUUUUAGCGUUUCCCUGUGUGAAUUCUGGCAAACAUUUUUAUGUCUGCGUUUGUCAAAUCACUUCUCUUUCUGUACACUUCUUUCCUCUCCUCACCUUUUCCGCCUCGUGCCACCUCCUUCCCAACUUCUUCGCUUCCCCCACCCCCUAUAUACACAUAUAUGUGUUUAUAUGUAUAUGUGUAUGGUAACGCAAAGCAACUGAUUGUCACAACUUGUCACAAUAUUCGUUGUGAGCUAAUGAACACCUUCCCUCUGCUACGAUAGCUGUUAAUAUCUGUACCACUACUGUAAGAACACCUGUUGAUUGGUAUUACCUGUGAUCUUAUUAGGUAAUGCUGCCAUACCUGUUACUUAUCACCACUGUAACUCAUUUCUUUUGUAUUUCUGGUGUCCACUCGGAGGUACAAGAUUUCACACCUUAAUGUUGCCUAUACACUAAAAUCAUUUGCCAGGCGGAUGAAAGCUCCGAGUCAGUGAUGGAAAGGGCAAAGCCAGGUGAGGCAUAAACAAACACAUACUCCAUCCCUGCCGCCUGGAAACAAGUGUAUUAUUAGUCGACUGAUGAUACACAAGGCGCGACUGUAUUCUCCACACUCGGUUCCAAGUUGUGAGCAAAUGCCAAUGCCCCCUUUUCGUGCCAAGCAUCGGGCCUAACUUAACAGGUCUUUUUUGGGGUUCUGAACGUACGAAUUCAACCAAAUUUGAUGAUUUACAGAAUGAUGUAUAAUAUAUGCAUUAAUAUUCCAAUAAAAUGGGUAAACUUAGUUUGUAUUUUAAGUUAGAUAAAGGACACUGACUGCGCAACUUAUUUGACAGUCAUACAUUUAUUUUUGUCAUUGUUGUAAGAAUAAUGUGAUAGAGAUUUUUCAUGAAAGAUUUCUAAAUUCUGAAACUUCUGCAUUGGUUAAUGAUGAUUAUCGUGUAUCACCAUUUAUUGUCAUUUAUUGUUAUUGUUAUUAUGUUAUCAUCAUCGUCAUUAUAAGUUAUGAUUUUGAUUGCUACUUCUACUGCUGUCAUCACCAUCAUCAUCAUCCAUAACAUUGCCACUGUUAUUACUCUAAGUUCAUAAUAAAAAUGACAAAAGAUGUAAAGACAAAACCGUAUUAUUUACCAGAACAUUAUACAAUACUUAUGAUUGGUGAUAGUAGCUGUUAUUAUCGUCAACAUUAUUGUUAUUAUUAUUAUUAUUAUCGUCAUUAUCAUUAUCUUUAUAUUAUUAUUAUUUUUUUAUUGUUGUUCUUGUUGUUAUUACUAUUAUUAUUAUCAUUAUUAAUAUUAUCAAUAUUAUUAUUAUUAUUAUUAUUAUUAUUAUUAUUAUUAUCAUUGUUAUUAUUAUUAUUAUUAUUAUUAUUAUUAUUAUUAUGAUUAUUACGGCUAUUAUUGUUAUCAUUAUUGUUAUUAUUACUAUUAGUAGUAUUCAUGUUAUCAUAAUAAUGCGUGUGUGUGUGUUUGUAUAUUUAUGUAUAUGUGUGUAUACACACACACACACACACA